AGAGGAAAGCACACUGGCAGUGAGAAGAGAAGAGAAGAGAAGAGAAGAGAAGAGAAGAGAAGAGAAGAGAAGAGAAGAGAAGAGAAGAGAAGAGAAGAUAAGAGAAGAGAAGAGAAGAGAAGAGAAGAGAAUGACGUCUUCUGUAGCUGUGCUGGUGUUGCUGUGCUGUGGUGUGGUAAUGAGCGGUAAGGAGGUCGUUGAUCAGCUUCACUACAGAGAUGAAGAGAGCAUCAAAAACGAAGCUCGAAGAACUGAGGCAACCGUCUCUGACCAACAACCCUGCCAACCUGAUAUUCAUACAGUGCUGAGAGAGCUGAGCACUAAACUUGCAGAACAAAGUGUGGAGCUGAAAUACACAAAGAACCGGAUGAACGCUGUGGAGAAACAGCUGGAGGAACUGAAGAAGCAGAACGAAGUUCUCGUAGCAGAAAUCAGACUGAAGGCCAGUGAGAAACAAAUGGAGGAACUGAAAAGAGAGACAGAAGGUCAGGCUCUGGAGCUGAAAACUCUGCAAAUUAGAGCGAACAUCAUUGAGAGUCAAGUGAGCGAGCUGAGCAGGGAGAAUGAAUAUAAAAUAGCUUUUUCAGCAUCGCUCUCCACUGAAGAAGCCGUUACAACAACUGGACCCUUCAACACUGAUUUUACGCUGAAGUACACUAACAUCUUUGUGAACAUUGGUAAAGCUUACAAUCCAGAAACAGGCAUCUUCACAGCACCUGUCAGAGGAGUCUACAUGUUCAGAUUCUCCAUUAGUGGAAACGGUAGUACUUCAGUCGGUGUUGGAGCACGGCUUUUUAAGAAUGGACGUCAUGUGGUUGUUGGUUAUUGUAAACAACCCAGCCACAGAGUGGGCACUACCAAUGGAGCAUCUCUGCUUUUGGAAGUGGGAGAUGUGGUCUAUGUACAACUGUAUCCUAACACACAGAUAUUUGAUAAUGUAAAUUACCACAACACAUUCAGCGGUCAGCUGCUUUUCACAAUGUGAAAAGGGCACCUUAGGCCAUUGAAGUUAUUCAUUAAAAAACAAUGAAAAUGAAAAACCUGUAGUGUUGAGCCAGCACUGAUACAACGUGCAGAGAGACAACACAAAUUAUUAAAUAAUUUUGACAUUAACAUUUUUCCUUCAUUCAUGUCCAUACUUAUUGUUUCUGUGUUAUUAAUUCAUUUAUGGUUUGGAAAUGUGUCUAAUUCUCAAAUCUCUAAAGCAAUUCUAUUUUAUUUGCAUUCAUUUUCAAAACAACAUGUAAAGAAUUUAUCUCUGAGGUAUCAUCUGAGUAUCCACACAUACAGUAUAUGCGUAUAAGGUCACUUUCUGAGAAUCUCAGACAAUUCUUGGGCAAGUUUUCUUCAAGGUUUGUUUGUACAACUCAAGA